CUUCGCCAUGGGCAUCGAGUUCAGGGAGGGCUCCUUGGUCAUCAACAGCAAGAACCAGCACCGCCUGAAGAAGGGGAUGGUUUUCAGCAUCAACGUCGGCUUCUCGGACCUGCCCAACAAGGAGGGGAAGAAGCCGGAGGAGAAGACCUACGCCCUCUUCCUCGGGGACACCGUCCUGGUGGACGAGGAAGGUCCCGCCACCGUCCUCACCGCCGUCAAGAAGAAAGUCAAGAACGUCGGCAUCUUCCUCAAGAACGAGGACGAGGAGGAAGAAGAAGAAGAAAAGGACGAAGCUGAAGAUCUUCUCGGCCGCAGCUCUCGGGCGGCUCUUCUGACCGAGAGGACACGGAACGAGCUGACGGCGGAGGAGAAGCGCCGAGCCCACCAGAAGGAGUUGGCCACCCAACUCAACGAAGAGGCCCGGCGGCGGUUGACGGAGCAGAAGGGCGAGCAGCAGAUCCAAAAGGCUCGGAAGUCCAACAUCUCCUACAAGAACCCGGCGUUGAUGCCGAAGGAGCCCCACAUCCGCGAGAUGAAGAUCUACAUCGACAAGAAGUACGAGACGGUCAUCAUGCCCGUCUUCGGCAUCGCCACCCCCUUCCACAUCGCCACCAUCAAGAACAUCAGCAUGUCGGUGGAAGGGGACUACACCUACCUCCGCAUCAACUUCUACUGCCCAGGCAGCGCCUUGGGACGCAACGAGGGCAACAUCUUCCCCAACCCUGAGGCCACCUUCGUCAAGGAGAUAACCUACCGUGCGUCCAACAUGAAGACCCCGGGCGAGCAGACGGUGCCGGCCCUCAACCUCCAGAACGCUUUUCGCAUCAUCAAGGAGGUCCAAAAGCGCUACAAGACGCGAGAAGCCGAGGAGAAGGAGAAAGAGGGCAUCGUCAAGCAAGAUUCAUUAGUCAUCAACCUCAACCGGAGCAACCCCAAGUUGAAGGACCUCUACAUCCGCCCCAACAUCGCCCAGAAGAGGAUGCAAGGUUCUUUGGAGGCCCACGUCAACGGUUUCCGCUUCACCUCGGUGCGCGGCGACAAGGUGGACAUCCUCUACAACAACAUCAAGCACGCCGUCUUCCAGCCCUGCGACGGCGAGAUGAUCAUCGUCCUCCACUUCCACCUCAAGAACGCCAUCAUGUUUGGGAAGAAGCGUCACACGGACGUCCAGUUCUACACGGAGGUCGGCGAGAUCACCACCGACUUGGGCAAACACCAACACAUGCACGACCGCGACGACCUCUACGCCGAGCAGAUGGAACGGGAGAUGCGCCACAAGCUGAAGACGGCCUUCAAGAACUUCAUCGAGAAGGUGGAAGCGCUCACCAAGGAGGAGCUGGAGUUCGAGGUGCCCUUCCGGGAGCUGGGCUUCAACGGCGCCCCGUACCGCAGCACCUGCCUUCUCCAACCCACCAGCAGCGCCUUGGUCAACUGCACCGAGUGGCCCCCUUUCGUGGUGACCUUGGACGAGGUGGAGCUGAUCCACUUCGAGCGCGUCCAGUUCCACCUCAAGAACUUCGACAUGGUCAUCGUCUACAAGGACUACAGCAAGAAGGUCACCAUGAUCAACGCCAUCCCCGUCGCUUCCCUCGACCCCAUCAAGGAGUGGCUCAACUCCUGCGACCUCAAGUACACCGAGGGCGUCCAGUCCCUCAACUGGACCAAGAUCAUGAAGACCAUCGUGGACGACCCCGAGGGCUUCUUCGAGCAGGGGGGUUGGUCCUUCCUGGAGCCCGAGGGGGAG